GUUUUCCUGCUGUCGGGGUCUUGUCAAAGCAAACAAGACCGGCGAAGCACCACGUGUCAUGGAAAGCACAGCGCUGAGUGCUUAGAUGAGAUGACCAAGAUGACAGAGCCAAGCAGGCCGAGCCGAGCGGGCCGCCGUCGUCGAAGAAGUCAGGGAGACGCCGUCGUUGAAGAUCCAGGUGAGAAAAAGCCGAAGUAUCGACAAGCCAAGGAAGUUGAUGGUGGUGUGGUUGAAGUCCUUUGCUUCAGCUGCAGAAGAGCAAAGGAUAGUAGCAUUCAGAAGAGCAUGGUGGCAUUUCUGAAGAAGGCACCAGAAGAUGAAGCCGCUGUCAUAGACUUGGACUCCGAGGAGGACAAGCCACCAGAUUUGUCCAUCUGUGCCCGUUGUAGAAGACCUCUGUGGAAGAAGAAUCCACAGCUGAAACUGACAGCGGAUGCUCUGCGGGGUGUGGGUGAACUGCCACAACUCCAACGCUUGAGGGCUUACCGGCGAACUGCUGAGAGGCAGAAUGUUCCCUUUACCAUCUCCGAGAAAAGUGCCUGCGCCAUGAUGCGAAGCCCCUGUGUCGGCUGCGGCCAGGUGGCUCCCUUAAGGGGUCAUGGGCUCACCCGCUUGCGGCGCUGGUGUGGCCUUGAGCGUCCCAAGACACGCACAGGCUUCAUGGGACCCUAUUCGGAGGAAAACUUGGCACCAGCUUGCAGCAUGUGCAACAUGAUGAAAGGCUACCGAAAACUUCGUGCUUUUGUGGAGUGCUGUCGUCACAUCGCCACCAAACACACGGAAGGUGAAGACUUUGGGGAAUAUCCUCAGCGUUUUCGGGACAAUGUCUCCAAGCGGUCUCGAUCUUGCUACAUCACGCAAUCCAGCACGCAUACGAAAACUCAUUCCCUGACCAAUGAGCAGUUCAAUGCGAUCGUGGCACAGAGGUGCUUCUACUGUCAUAAGGAGCCGCGCAAGGCCAAGACCAAUGGCCCCAGCGACCGCGGUCACUUCAAUGGCUUAGAUCGCUUGGAUUCCAAGAACCGCGUCUACACAGCAGAGACCUCGGUAGCUGCAUGUGGGGAUUGCAACAUCAUGAAGUACAAAUGGGACCUGGAGGAUUUCUUGGAGCACUGCCGGAAGGUGGCUCGCUUCCACCAGGGCGCAGAGUUUUCGGACAGCGAUGCAGAGGAGGAAGCGGCCUGGCAGGAUACAGCGAUCAUCGUGGAGGAGCUUUUCCUCGACGAAGCUGAUGCGGCGGAAAAAGGGGCAGUCUUUGAGGGACGGGCUCUGGAGAGCAUGGCAAGUGGAGGCAAAAGAUGGCCGAAGACUUCGCACGGCUUAAAGCAUGGCGAGCUCAAAGCGGCACGGAAGGCUGAUCUGAGCAGACCGGGCAUGCAUGGUGAAUACUGUAAAGGAUUAGUUGAAGAGUUGGAAGCGCUCUAUGGUAAAGUGCGGCAGCAGGACAAAGAGAUCAAGAACAAACAACGGCAAAUAGAGGAGGAACAAGCUAAGGUGGCAGAGUUGAACGAGGCUGUGGCUCUUCGGGACCGCAAGUGGGAUUCCUUAGCCCAGGCACCGGAGGGGCAUGGUCUCCAAGGGGGAGAUCAGAACCUCAUGCUGUCAGAGUCUGGUUCCUUCGGGAAGACUGGAAGACCUCCGGGAAUUUUUUGGACUUCCUUGUGGCUCAAGCCGCCUGCCUGCACCAGGAUUAUUGCUUAA